AAACCAUUCGCGUGUGAUAAACCAUCGAAACAACAUUGCCAGAUGCGCCUGACCUUUGAGGAAACGCUCAAAAACACCAACAUUAUGCUGCUGAUGAUGGGCAUUCCGCCCUGUGAGGAACCGUAUCCGGACGGUGUGUUGGCUGCGAUACGGCGAAAUGUGGCAUUUAUUGCUUCCUUUCUAUUGCUGGCCUACACGACGUUUGGUGAACUGAUCUACCUGCUGCAGAUGUUCGAACGAGAGGUGAAUUUUCUUGAGGUGACAUUUCAAGCGCCAUGCAUUGGAUACUGCAUCAUCGGUGUACUGAAGAUGAUAAUACUGGCCGGGAGACGAAACACCAUUGCUGAGCUGAUAGCAAUGUUUCGCACCAAGUGGAAGCAAGCGAUCAUUCAUGGCAAGCACUGGAAGGUGUGCGAGGACACAAUGAAACCAGCCAUCAGAGUCACGUCCGUAACGGCAAUGGUAAACGUGGUGAUGGGAAUAUCCUUCACCGUGCUACCGAUAGCGGAAAUGAUGUACCACCAUCACUACACCGGUAGCUGGAACCGACAGCUAGCCUUCAACAUCUGGUGGCCAUUCGAUGUGCUGUCGGGGGCCAAGUACUUCUGGUUCAUCUAUCCACUGUACGUGGUGAUUGGAUUUACGGGCAUAAUUAUUCAUAUGGCAUUCGAUUGUCUGUUCUGCAUACUGGCCGCCCAUUUGUGUAUGCAUUUUCGCAUCCUGCAGUACAAUCUCGCCCAUGCAGUGGUGGAAGAAGAAGAGCUGCAAGAGGUCAUUAAUUGCAGUAUUUCUCGUCUGCAGAGGGCGGUUGCUAGUCAUCAGGAUUUGAUUGAGUGUAGCGUAUUCAUGCAGAACGUGUUUGGUAAUGCGUUGUUUAUCAACUUCUUGGGUAGCUCCAUCAUUAUCUGCAUCCAGGCGUUUAUGAUCACGACUGUUAGUGGCUAUACCCUUGUUAAGUUUAUACUGUUUAUAUUAUGCUUUUUGAUCGAGCUACUGAUGCUGUGUGCUUACGGUGAAGACAUUGUGCAAUCGAGUGAAGCAAUAACAAACGCAGCUUACGGUUGUCAAUGGUACGAGGAGUCAAAACCAUUUCACCAAACUGUGCUACAAAUCAUACACCGAAGCCAACAACCCGUUCUGUUGACUGCCUGGAAAAUCUGGCCAAUUCAAAUGAGUACUUUUAGUAGGAUUUUGCAGGCUUCCUGGUCUUAUUUUACUCUGCUGAAGACGGUUUACGGGAACAGUUAA